UAUUAAAGUCAUUAAUUUAUUUACAUGGCGGGAGGGAAGAACCAGCAUCAUGUUGGCAGACGGAAUAGAUCAUGCACAGCUUUUAUCAAGUGAAUAUUAAGCCUAACAGGGUGAAAAAUCUGGCGAUGACAGCAUCUGUAGCGCAGCCUAAGGAGAAAUUUAACUGAUUAAUAAGGUAGACGGACAGUGAUUCCGCUGAGUGCAUCCUAGUCACUGAUUUCGAGGAGCGAUUUUCGACUGUACGACUUACUGUAGACUAUAUCCCCCCGUGAACAUGGAGUUUGGGGAAAGGAAGAGGAGAAGGAAGUCACAGAGCUUUAAACUGGUCACGGAUGAAGAUUCAGACACUUCAUAUAUGAUGAAUUCCAGCUGCAAAUAUGCCAAGGGAGAGCCUAAAGAUGCUGCUGUGCCUGAUGUUUGGGUGGGGGAUGAAGGCAUGGAGAUCAAGAGGCAGAUCACAGGAAUGAUGAGGCUUCUGAGUGAUAAAACCAGCAGGGUUUAUCAGCGUGCAGGAACAGAGCAGGACAGCUUAACAAAGGAAGCCCAGGAUAGGCAUCUGACCUGGGUACAUCAGCCUGCACCUUUAUCUCUUGUAUCAGAGCACCACCAGAGCAACAGCUGGAACUCUGCAGGGGACCCAGGGCCUUCACCUUCAUCCAUAUCCACGCCUAUCCCCAACAGUCCAGGCGGUGGCCAGUACAGCACCCGCUCCAAAUCCACAAAGAUCCUCACCAAUACUAAGGAUCUGAUCAAAGUGAAUGAAGCUAAUGCAGAUGUAGUCCCUCCUGCUGCGUCAGAACCUCCUUGCUGUAUGUGUAACUGUAAGGGCACCUUGCAGGCUAUCUUGCAGGAAAUGCGUGCCAUGAGGAGGCUGAUGCAGACUCGGAAAGCAUCUUUGGAAAGACAGGAACAGGCAGCAUCACCAUGCCAACCUCGUCUUGGUCCAGGUCCUGCUCCUUGCUGUAGGCCCCGCAAGAGGAGACCAAUUUAUAAAGUGGCACCACUCACAGUGUCUAGUACUAGAAAAGCUGCUCUUGCCUCUCUGGAGGCAUCACCAAUUAUAGCUGCACCUGCAGAAUCUGGGAAGAGGGAAGAAUGUAAGAAAGAGCAAGACUCAUCUACAACCAACAGUCAUUCAGUCCCCUCUGGGGUUUCUGUGCUGCCACCUCAAAACAAUCCAGUGACUGUCAACAACACACACAAUCCUCUCCUGAACCAACUAAGGGAACCUCAGUCAUUAGAGUCUGAGGUGCGUCUCGCAGAGGAUUAUGAUGUGUUUAUCUCAAAGGCUCAGCUAGACUCCAUUCUGGUCAACUAUACACGCUCUGGCAGCCUGCUGUUCAGGAAACUGGUGUGUGCCUUCUUUGAUGAUGCUACCCUGGCUAACUCCUUGCCAAAUGGUAAAAGGAAGAGAGGGCUCAAUGAUAACCGUAAGGGCUUGGACCAGAACAUUGUGGGUGCCAUUAAAGUGUUUACAGAGAAAUACUGCACUGAACACAGAAUAGAUAAGUUGCCCGGACCACGAGACUGGGUUCAAAUCCUUCAGGAUCAGAUCAAACUUGCCAGAAGGAGGCUGAAAAGAGAUGCUGCAGAGGCAGAGGAAGUGUUAAAUGGACCAUCCACAAGCUGUGACCAUAACAAGCCUGCAAGUGUGAAGGGGACAGUGGUAAACAUGACUGGCUGAUUCGAGGGCUACCACAAUGGCCUUAUUGCUAAUUUGUUAAUUGUCUUCAUUACAUCACUGUAUCACUGACCUGAUACAUUUUGCCACUUUAGCUCUGUGUUAUGGAUGUAAAGGGAAAAAAUUGAGGACCAAAUGAGGGAGAAGCCUACUUAAUGAUAUCAUCUCUCCCAUGCACACACACACACAUACACUCCACCUAUUGUUGUCCUUCAGACUUUAAAUGGAAACAUACUGGGAUCUGGGAUUUUGUGCCAAUAGACAUUGAACUAUACAGUUGUUAUACAGGUCAUUUUCAUGUUUAGAGGUGACUUACUGUUUACAUCAUAGGCUACAGCUUCAAAAGCAUACGUGCCUGGUUCUCAUAUGCCAUUACUCGGGGGAGUCACGUCUAAAACGAGUACUGUAACUGUAUAACAUUUAUAUAAUUUACACAAAUUACUUUUUACGAGAAGUUGUCCAUUGUGGAUUGUGCCUUUUAAGUGACGAGUACUUCAGUGGAUGUAACGUGCAGUGCAGCAUCCACCUCAAUUACAAACACUACAUCCAAAAAUAAAUAACUGAUGUAUUUUCUGGUUCAUUUUGCUAAUUAAAAAAUAAGGUUAUUACAUCUGGCCUGAAAAUAUAAAAAUACACCAUAUUCUAUGAAAAGUUGUUUCUUUUCAUUAGAACCUGGAGGCUAUGCAUAUCAGUGCUAUUGUUGUUAAUAUUGUAAUUGGCUUUUUCUUUUUUUUUCCAUUUCUGCUCACAGUGCACAUGAAAUGAAUAGAUGUUUGCACCAUUAAAUAUGGUUUCUUCACAA